CGACCGUGACUGUAUGUGCGCCGGCGCAAAGAUCUCCGGUGCAGGCGGCGCCGUCGGUACACCCGGUACCUUCCAAGAAUACACCCUCUCGGACGCGAAAUACGUCACCCCUAUCCCUGACGGCCUCGACUCUGAACUUGCUGCUCCGCUUUUGUGUGGUGGUGUUACGGUGUACAAGGCCCUCAAAAUUCUGAAGUUGGAGGCGGGCAGCUGGGUUGCUAUUCCUGGUGCUGGAGGAGGUCUUGGACAUCUUGGAAUUCAGUAUGCGAAGGCGAUGGGAUACCGUGUCAUCGCGAUCGACGGUGGUGAUGAUAAGAAGAAGUUGUGCGAGAGUCUCGGUGCGGACGUCUUCGUUGACUUCAUGAAGGAGGGAGACAACAUCGUCAAGGCCGUCCGUGAUGCCGCUGACGGCGAGGGAGCCGAUGCUGUGGUUGUUGUCAACUCCUCCGCUCGUUCCUACGCACAGGCACCAGACUUCCUUGCUAUCGGUGGUACCCUCGUCGCUGUCGGUAUCCCCGGUGGCUCCGGCCCCGUCACCGUCGAACCCGCGGAGCUCGUUAUCAGGGACAUCCGCAUCAUGGGUAGCGCCGUCGGUACCCGCCAGGAUUCCGUCGAGGCUUUGGCAUUGGCUGCGAGGGGGUUGGUGAAGCCGAUCGUCAAGGUCGAGGAUUUGAGCGAGUUGACGAAUAUCUUCAAGAAGAUGCACAAGGGAGACUUGGUUGCUAGGAUGGUUGUCAAGGUUUCUCAGGAUUAAGAGCAUGAGGGAGAACGGUGUGUAAGAAUAGCAAUGAAUAUCAGAUUACUUCCAAAAAUCGCAGGUA